GCAUGCUUAGUCGCUGGCGGAGGAGAAGGAGGAGAGGAAAGAGCGCAUCGGAGCAUUGAGCCGCUUGAACGUGUCGCCGAAUGGUGGGAUGAUCACACGCGGGGGACGAUGAGCCGCUGACCGAGUCGGACGGCGUCUAACACGGUUGGGAACGCCUCUCUUGCAAGUCCGCUAGGAAGUCGUGUGGAACCAUCAGAAUGUCCCCGCCUGCUUCCUGUCUGCCUUCGUCCUCCUCCUUUCUUCUCUUGUGCGCCGCCUCACUUGUGCUCCUGUCCUGCGCUGGAUGCGUCCAUGCGCAUUCACCUGAAAAGAACUGCUCCGCCGGGGGGGACCCUUGUCAGGAUGGUGUCCUGCUGCCUGUGUGGAACCCCCAAAACCCAUCAGUGGGGGACAAAGUGGCUCGGGCCAUCGUGUACUUUGUAGCUCUCGUCUACAUGUUCCUGGGCAUGAGCAUCAUCGCGGACCGAUUCAUGUCCUCCAUAGAGGUCAUAACAUCCCAGGAGAAAGAGAUAACCAUCAAGCGGCCCAACGGCGAGACCACCACUGCUACAGUCAGGAUUUGGAACGAGACGGUUUCCAAUCUGACCCUCAUGGCUUUAGGCUCCAGCGCUCCUGAGAUCCUGCUGUCCGUCAUUGAGGUGUGCGGCCACAACUUCUCUGCGGGCGCUCUGGGCCCAAGCACCAUCGUGGGCAGUGCCGCUUUCAACAUGUUCGUCAUCAUCGCGCUGUGCGUCUACGUGGUGCCUGACGGCGAGACGCGCAAGAUCAAACACCUGCGGGUGUUUUUCGUUACGGCCGCCUGGAGCAUCUUCGCCUACAUUUGGUUGUACCUCAUCCUGAGCGUCUUCUCCCCGGGCGAAGUGGAGGUAUGGGAGGCAGUGCUGACCUUCCUCUUCUUCCCCCUCUGCGUGGCCCAGGCCUGGGUGGCCGACCGCCGCCUCCUCUUCUACAAGUACACCCGCAGGCGUUACCGCGCCGACAAGCACCGAGGCGUCAUCAUCGAGACGGAAGGGGGGCCGGACGGGGACGGGGACGUGGGCGUGGGCGGGACGCUGGGCCAGGGCGGCUUCACCAAAAUGGACAUGCUGGAGCUGGACGGCCAGAUGGCGCUCAACUGCCACGGCGCCUUGGACGGCGGAAUGACAGAAGAGGGCUUGGCCAAGGAUGAGGAGGACGAGGCCCGGCGGGACAUGGCCAGAACGCUGAAGGAGCUCAAGCAGCGGCACCCCGAUAAAGACAUGGAGCAGCUCAUUGAGAUGGCCAACUAUCAGGUUCUGAUGCAGCAGCAGAAGAGCCGAGCGUUCUACCGUAUCCAAGCUACCAGGAUGAUGAUCGGAGCCGGAAACAUCCUCAAGAAGCACGCUGCUGACCAGGCUCGCAAGGUGGUGAGCAGCCAUGAGACCCAGGCCCAAGAAGACGACCCGCACACCAUCAGGCUGGAGUUCCAGCCCGCUUUGUACCAGUGCUUUGAGAACUGCGGCUCCCUUAAACUGACCGUCUCCAGACACGGAGGAGACGCUGGAGUCACUGUCAAGGUGGACUACCGCACCGAGGACGGCACGGCUAACGCCGGCUCUGACUAUGAGUUUGCCGAGGGAACACUUCUGUUCAAGCCCGGCGAGACCCUCAAAGAGAUCACAGUGGGGGUGAUUGAUGACGAUAUCUUCGAGGAGGACGAGUACUUCUACGUGCACCUGAGCAACCCCCGAUUGGUGGGCUACCCCGAGAUCAGCACCUCCCCUCUCGACGCCGGCUCGGCCCCCAAAGCCGUGCUGGGUGAAAACCACACGGCCACAGUGACCAUUUACGAUGACGACCACGCUGGUAUAUUCACCUUCGAGACCACCAGUCAGCGGGUGAGCGAGAGCGUGGGCGUGAUGGAGGUGAAGGUGCUACGGACGUCGGGGGCUCGGGGGCUGGUGGCCGUCCCCUACCGGACGCUGGACAGCACCGCCAGGGGGGGCGAGGACUACGAGCCGGCGUCGGGCAAGCUGGAGUUCCAAAACGACGAGACCAUGAAGAUCAUCGAGGUGAGGAUUAUCGACGACGAGGAGUAUGAGAAGAACAAGACCUUCACCAUCGAGCUGGGCGAGCCGCUUCUCUUGGAGAUUGGACAGAAGCACGGAGACUCCAACGAGAACAAGCCGGCGGUGGGAGCGGAGGAGGAGGAGGUGGCGAAGAUGGGCUGCCCCAGCCUGGGCGAGCACACGCAAGUUGAGGUCGUCAUCGAGGAGUCGUACGAAUUUAAGAGAGCAGUGGAUGUGCUUUUGGAGCGCCGUGGCAAGAGUACAGUGGACAAGCUGAUCAAGAAGACGAAUCUUGCCUUGGUGGUGGGAAGCAGCAGCUGGAGGGAGCAGUUUGUUAGUGCGGUGACUGUCAGUGCAGGGGACGACGACGACGACGAGAGCGGCGAGGAGCGCCUCCCGUCGUGCUUCGACUACAUCAUGCACUUCCUCACCGUCUUCUGGAAGGUGCUGUUCGCCUUCGUCCCGCCCACCGAGUACUGGAACGGUUGGGCCUGCUUCAUCGUUUCCAUCUCGCUGAUCGGCGCGCUGACGGCCGUCACCGGCGACCUGGCGUCGCACUUCGGCUGCACGGUGGGGCUGAAGGACUCGGUGACGGCCGUGGUCUUCGUGGCGCUGGGCACGUCUGUGCCAGACACGUUCGCCAGCAAGGUGGCGGCCAUCCAGGACCAGUACGCCGACGCUUCCAUCGGCAACGUGACGGGCUCCAACGCCGUCAACGUCUUCCUGGGCAUCGGCGUGGCGUGGACCAUCGCCGCCGUGGUCUGGCGCGCCCGCGGCCAGACCUUCCAGGUGGACCCGGGCAGCCUGGCGUUCUCCGUCACCCUCUUCACCAUUCUGGCGUCGAUAUGCGUCGCCACGCUGCUGUACCGGCGGCGCGGCGCCACGGCCGGGGGCGAGCUGGGCGGGCCGAGGACUUGCAAGUUGCUGACGUCACUUUUCUUCGUGUCGCUGUGGCUCGUCUACAUCCUGCUGGCGUCCCUGGAGGCCUACUGCCACCUGCCCGCCUUGUAGACGGACGGACGAGGGCGGAGGACUAGUCAACCGGCGCCGGUUUGCUCCGGUGCAGUGCCAAGAUGGGAGAAGGAGAAGUAACACUCACCAGACUGAAGAAAAGAUGACCAAAAAAAAAGGUUCAUGAGGACAUGGAAAGCUGUGAUGGGAAUCAUUCACUCAUUCACCCAAUCACUAAAUAGAGAUUUGUAUCUAGUGGACCUCCUAGAUAGUUCCUCCACUAAAACUCCCGAAUCACAACAAAGGGCUUCAGUGGACAUUUUAGGAACUAACUAGAGCUGCUAUAUUCAAAAUACCUUUGUAGUGAUUACGGAAUGAGUGAAUGAUUCUGAACGCAGCGACGGCGUCAACAAUCAUUCACUCAUUCUCUACUCCCUUAUCGCUACAAAAGUAUUUUAUCGCACAGUAGCGCACUUAUUCGUGGAAUGAAAAAUAGUUUUCAAACGCGACUCCUUUGCUGCCAUGGACGUUUAAAUACGUCAACUGGAAUCCAAGCGUUUACUGCCGCCGGCGAAAGUACGUUUUUCGACGGGCAGGCGUUCCAACGGGGUGUCGCCCAGCUUGUCGGUGACUGUCGGCGUUGCAUCGCUUUGGAUUUGAGAUCAGCACGGCUGAUGAGGGAGAGAAAUGAGAGAAAUUGGGCACCUGACACUCGGACAGUAUUUAUAUCGAUGGUAUAAACUCAGUGAGUCGCGGUAGUAAGUAGAAAGUGUGUCGCGAUAUCGGGAAAUGAGUGAAUGGCGGACGGCAUGUAAAAAAACAAAAAGCCACUGACGUUCAACUCGAGCCAUGCGAUGAGUCAGCGUCGCUCUCGGCACGUUUCUUAGUUGUAUAUCUGUAAAUUAAUUCUUAUUUUGCCAUCCAACGCCCCAUCUCAGUCUUGUUUUUGUUGUUUCAUAGUUGGAGCUCUCACAGAAGAGACCGACCCAUGGUCUACUGCUGAUCACUAAAAGAUGGAGAAAAAAAACUCGAAACAAACUUUUUUUUUUUUUUCUGGUGAAAGAAGAGUAUUUAUUCCGGUAGGUUCGGUUCUUACAUUGUCACGGCGGCCAAUGAGUUAGCGAUGUCAUUGCUCUGGCAUAGUUAUUGGAGCAACGUCAGCUGGUUGACCUUCCGUAAUAGAAGAUUGGACAAAUACAUGAACUAGAAAAACAUGCCAUUGUUUUUAAUCUGUGUUUUUACAAAAUGAAUCCAAACUUUGCACUUUAUGUCCAUCUGUCUUGUGUGGCGUUGCUCUAUAGUUUAUACGAUAUUUUGGCACCAAAACUCACUAAUUUGUCCCGGGUCCAAUAUAUAUAUAUCGGCAUCACCCUAAUCUAUUUUUGAAUGAAUAAAUUCACCCCGCUACGCCACCUUUUUUUAUUUUAUUUAUUUUUUUUAUUUAUUUACAUUUUUAAGAUUUUCAUUUUCUCAUUUCUGUGCAUUUGUAAAGGAAACGAGGCGGUGGGGAAACUAGAAAACAGUUGAUCAAGAUGAUCAUGGUGACGGUAUAAUCAUUUAAUAAGGUGAUUUGAUUGCCCCUCCGUUUGAUUAUUAUCAUUUUCAUUUUGAACAGAAAUUAAAGGGGACAUUUUGUGGCAAGCGAUUAGAAGUUUGGACACUGCCUGUUGAGAAUAAGCAAGGCCGCAAAAUGAGAAGAACACACCUCUUUGUUUACACUCGGACUAAGGAGGAGUGAAUAGCCAAGUUGAGCCAAUCGCAGAUUUGUUUUCGUAGCUCUUUUGGGUUUGCCAAGAAACCCAACUGGGCUUUUGUUUGCGAAAAAUCCCACAAGUGUCUGUUUCUUUAGCUAGUGGGGUACGUAGUCAAAGCUCCUUUUGUCUUUAAUGUCGCUUUGCCCUGCUCGAUCUGAUAUGCCUUCAUUUAUUAGACGAGCAAUUCUUUUAUGAAGGGUUUGCAUCCCAAAGUGCGGAGUGAAGGCCAAGCCCGUCAUCGAGCCCACUGACGUGGGCCUUUGUCGCCACCUGGUGGCGCGAAUGUUGUUUACAACUUGUCAAGGUUCACCCAUACAAAGUGAGAAAAAAAAUGUGAAGCGACUCCACACAUUUGGGGUACUAAACAUUGUUGCUGGCAGGUUUAACAGUUACAAUUGUCAUUUCCGAGCAGCUCGAGGAAGAAAACUGACUCCUAAAGGGGAAGUUUUCAAUAAGGCCUGACCGAUUAAUCACCCGAUCGAUUUAAUCGGCUGAGAAUACCCCUUUUCAAAUUGGCAAAUGUUUUAUUUUUUUUUUAACACAUUACAACAUAAGACAAAGAUAAUUACAUUCAAACAUAAUUUUUUUAAAUGGGGGGAAAAAAUUGGCUGAUUUUUGCCAAUUUUCUUUUGGAAAGUUAAGCAAAUACAAAAGGACAAAAUAUUGUAAAACAGUCAAAUGUUUUGUAACUCAUCUUUAUUGUUGUAAGCAUUAUGGGACCCAAAAAAGUAAUUGUAUCCAUUAUGCAUUUCUGAAAUGCAUAAUGGAUUUCAUCGCUUAUCGUAAUUUGAUAAUGCCAUUUAUCGGAAUCGGCAUCCGCCUGAAAAUAAAUAAAUUGAUUCGGCCCCAGUUUGGAAAUUCUGCCCUUCCCAAAAUCUGCUUAAACAGUCAUACAUGAUAAAUAUGAUAUGUGAAAAAAAAACUUGACAUCCUCUAAUUUGAGAUACAAGAAGCCACCGCACCCGAGAAAAAACAACCAGAGAGUUGCCCAUAAGUGCAAUAAAUGAUUAUUAGCAACAGAAAUAGCAUCUCUCAGGGCAUUUUUUUUUCUCGCAGAUCAUAUUAAUAUCAUGUAAAUAGGAUAAAAACUGAUUUCACUUCUUUUUGUUGGUACUAUUUUAUUUUCCUGUGUAACUCCAUUGAUGCACCCUUUUAACAUUCGUCUGGUUCACUAUUACUCACAAAGUGCUUCUGUUCCAUACAAGCGUUAAAUCUUAUUCUUUUUUAUUGUGUUUUUAUUAUUGCGGUUUGACCUGCAAAGAAGCCAUCAGAAAGCAGAACAGUGAUGAAAAAAUAAAAAAAUUUGUGCGCGCGCGCAUUUUUUUCACGGGUGUGUCGAUGCAUGAAUUGAACACAUUCAGAACAGACUGUUGAUGUUUCCAAAGUAGUAAAUAGUAUUUUUUAAAUUCUCCAAAUGAACAUUGUAAAAGCGUCAUAAAUGUUUACGAUGACCUACCUGUUUUAUUUUUUUAUUUUUUUUUUGUCAAAGAUUCAAUAAAACUUACGUGGUAUAUCAUCACAAAAGUGUGUGUCAAUAAUAGCAAGAUGUAUGGUGCCAUUAAAGAAAAUAAGCUAAACUGUCUAAGAUACAGGGCCGAUUUCUUCUUUUGAGUAUACUAUAUGUGUAUAUAAUAUUUGUCUAUUGGCCUCGGAGUUGGGGAAAAAAAAAAAAGAGUAAAAUAAAAAAAUUGUGUGGUUGAGGCAAAGACAUUAUGGACUUAUUCCCAAAUUAAAACUGUCCCUGGUGUCUUAAUGAGAUGUCUGUGGAAUGCUUUUAUGAAAAUACCCCGAGGUUCAAGAAUUCUAAUUUUGUGCCAUAUUUCAGAAGCUAACUCUCAUCUGAGAUGACUCACAAAUACAGCUUCAGAACUAGUCAGCUAACAAGAUAUAUUCAGUUGUUGAAUGUCACACAAAUACUUGGAUACAAACAAAAUAUUCCGCUUAAAUGUUAACCAGUGAAUGUCAUGGUAAUUUUGAGUGUUUCUGAAAUCCGAUGGUACGUGAAGGUACCUUUCAUAAGACUGUGUUUAAUUGGUGGAGAAUAGGGAAGCGAGCGGGGAACACGGGGUGAGUGAAGUUGCUGUUCUAAAACUACGCGUACUUUUUGGGGGGCGUAAGUUACAGCCGUCAGUAGCUUGUCAAGUGGUUAAAAUAAACCGUACUAGAAGCAG